GUGAGGCUGGCGAGCUGGCCAGCUCUCGCAGCACCGGAGGGGUCGCGCUGCAUAGGAGAGUAGCAGACCCAGCGGAGCCCGGGAGCGGAGUUGGAGAACCCCAGAAGGAAGAAAUGAGGUAGCGACCGUCCCUGGAGCUGACCAUGUACGCACCGCGCCUUUGGAGCCCCGCGGUACCCCGGCGGAGCCAGCCCGGACAGUGAGCCGGCGGAGCGAGAGUCCCCCGCGUCCGGUCGGAGCCAAGAUGCAGUGAGAGCCACGGUGGGACUGCUGCGCGGGGCCCUCCGCGGCCAGCCGGACCCACCAUCUGACCACACUUGGGACAAGCAGCUGAUUCUGGGACCAGCCCAGCGGAGAGGCUCUCCGCUUCCAGCACCCCCUGAGGGUGGGGAGCACUGGCCCCUAGGCUCACUCGCUGUUGAGUUUCCGAGGCUUCUGGCCCCAGCCCUGGGAAUUGUGUGUAUGUUUGAGAGGGCGGCCCUUUUCACAUUCGCCGAGGAGGUCCUGCAUUAUUUUAGCACCAUCUCGGCUGCUUUUGCUUGGGGUCCCUCUAUUUAUUUUCAGGGGCGCAUCAUUUUUUGUUUCCUAAAGAUAUUGUCUACACCACUCUCGUUCGGUCUUUUUCUCAUUUUCCUUGCUUAAGACUCUUUGCCUCUUCCCCUGCCCAGGCUGGAGUAAAUCCUGUGUGCGCUUUUUUCCACACUCGCAGCUGAAUAUUUUCUAACCUUUUAAAAAAAUCUACCCGUAACCCCCGCAGGGUUUCCGAGCACUACACCCCUCUCCCGCCCCCCAACUCCUUACCACUGGGCCACUCCCAGCAGAGUUUUAUUUUUCGGUCUUGCCCGGGCCGAGCCCAGCCUAGGCGGGUGGCUCAGCGGGACUCGCACCCGCCGCCGCCGCCCAGCUGCGCCGGGGCGCCCUCCGGAGAUGCUGCCGUGGAAGAAACACAAGUUUGAGCUGCUGGCCGAGGCGCCGCCGAGGCAGGCGUCCAAGCCCAAGCACUACGCGGUGAGCCUGCACUACUCAGCGCUCAGCUCACUGGCGCGAGCGUGCCCCGAAGGCGCGCUCAGCCGAGUGGGCAGCAUGUUCCGCUCCAAACGAAAGAAGCUGCACAUCACCAGCGAGGACCCUACUUAUACUGUGCUCUACCUGGGCAAUGCUACCACCAUCCAGGCGCGAGGCGACGGCUGCACCGACCUAGCUGUGGGCAAGAUCUGGAGCAAGAGCGAGGCAGGCCGUCAAGGCACCAAGAUGAAACUGACUGUGAGUGCGCAGGGUAUCCGUAUGGUGCACGCGGAGGAGCGCGCGUUGCGCCGUCCGGGCCACCUCUACCUGCUGCACCGCGUUACCUACUGCGUGGCGGACGCGCGGCUGCCCAAGGUCUUCGCCUGGGUGUAUCGGCACGAGCUCAAGCACAAGGCGGUAAUGCUUCGCUGCCACGCGGUGCUAGUGUCCAAGCCCGAGAAGGCGCAGGCCAUGGCCCUGCUGCUCUACCAAACAUCGGCCAACGCACUGGCGGAAUUUAAACGGCUUAAGCGGCGGGACGACGCGCGUCACCAGCAGCAGGAGCUGGUAGGCGCGCACACCAUCCCACUAGUGCCGCUGCGCAAGCUGCUUCUGCAUGGACCUUGCUGCUACAAGCCGCCGGUGGAGCGCAGCCGCAGCGCGCCCAAGCUCGGCUCCAUCACUGAGGACCUGGUCGGCGAACAGCAGGAACAGGAGCUUCAGGAAGAAGAGGAAGAGGAGCACAACGAGGGCUACCUGGAGGAGGAGGAGGAGGAGGAAGAGGAAGAGGAGGAGGAAGACCAUGUCAGGGAGGAGGACCCCGCAGAAGAAGUGGAGGAGCAGCGGGCACUGGUGGUGGCCAUGCACUUCGAAUGUGGGGACUUGCUGGACACAUUGGAGAGUGGCCGGGAGGAGGCGCUGCGGGACGGCGGGGUCUCGCUGAGCCCCGGGGUUGGGCCCCGGCCUUUGCUGCUGGGCAGCUCCUCCGACGUGAAAGCAGAGCUGUCGCAGGUUAUUAACGACCUGGGCGAGCUCAGCUUCGGCAACGACGUGCGAAGCCUGGAGGCCGAUUUGCGGGUGACGCGCCUGCUGUCUGGUGAGAGCACCGGUAGCGAGAGUUCCAUAGAAGGCGGGGGCGCAGACGCCACCUCUGCCACUGCCGGCGACCAGUCCCGCCCUACCGACCGCACCAGCCCAGAUGAGCCGAACUCGGGCUGAGCUCCCCGCAACCUUACGCGCGCGUUCUGGCGCCGCACCGUGACUCCCCACGUCUUCUCGACCGCCUCCUUACCUCUCCCUGCCACCCCACCCCGCCGGUCCCUGCUCGCUCGCAGGAAAGGGGAAAUGGAGGCCUAAGGCCCGGAGUUCCCUCUGCCCCUCUCCCUCCACACAUUUAGCUCUGUUGUAAGUGGAGCUCAGGUUGCCUGUGGAGAUGUGCGGGGGUGGGAUGGGGAGCCCUACAAGGAAGAAGAGAGGCACAACGCUCUGGGGUCCCGGGUGAGGGAAAUGCCCGCAGGAGUUAGCAAAGCCCCGCAGGCGUCAGGUGCCCGCCGGCCGGCUUCCUGUUUGUGGGGCGCUGGGGCCUCAGGAGCAGGGGUUCACUUCCUCCCCACCCCUCCUAUUGAGAGCGAGCGAGCGUUGUCAUUGGCAUGUUAUUUAAAAGGAAAAGGAAUUUACAAUCACACGGUUUGAGGCUUUAGUGCCGCCUCUGAGCCCCCAGUCUCUCGGUGCGAGUGCUUGGGUUGUUUACCUCAGACUAAGACCCUUGAAAUUCUGCCAAAUUCCUCAGAUAAUUGUUUGGUGGGGGUGGGGGAGGGAAAUGAAAGAAAGUUGUAUUUUGUUUACAGUUAAAGACAUCUAAUAUCUUAAAAAAAAGGAGUUUUCCUUUAGAAACACACACACCUUCCUUCUUGCUCAAAAGCUCUCACUCCAUGAUACUGUGUAAAAAUAUUUUUGCACUGUUGUGAAGUAUUUUUGACAUCUUUGUUUUUGUACAUAACUGUGUUCUCAGAGCUGGAUGUUUAUAUCUUUUGCUGUGCAAAAGGGACAUGUACAAUGUUGUUCAGUUGUAUAUACAGAAAUGUGUAUAAAGCCUUUUGUUAUUUUUGAAGAGUAGCACUACUCUGGUUCUGUUUGCCCGCCAGUGGGGAGAGAAUAAAGAGGAAAAUUGAGCAGAA